UUGACGUUUAUAGCAUGGCCCUGGAAGUUUUAAUGAUUCAAUGCUGUUAAAAUCAUAUACAUAUUGACAAAAAUUCAGGUAUUUCGCGUGUGUAGCUAUCAACCUCAGUAUUUUUUUUGCUUAUUUUCAAACGUUUCAAAAUAUUCAAUGGAAGAGGAUUUGAGUUAUUACGUUUAUAUUACAUUAACAUUGAUUCCUGUUUACCUGUCAUUCAAACUGAUCCAGUGGAUGGGUUGGGAGCUCUUUAUCAAUAAUUAGUGAACCAAAGAAAUGGCAUAAUUGAGCUUUGACAAGAUUAUCAAUAUUCCAAGACUUGUAAAUAAUGGACUGCUACAAUAAACACAUUUAAAAUUUCAA